UAAACUUCGAAUUAACAGAAUUUUUGAGUAUGACACUAUACCUUAACCCUUGAUGAGAGAACCCUAGGUCUUAGUUAUCUAAAUCAUAUAAGAUUAUGCAUGUAAUUUGUUUCAUAUAUUUUGACAAAUCAUGACCAUCAAUUGUUGCUUCUAAUUUAAUAGAUCUUAGUUUAUAAGAUUUAUAGAAUUAAGACCUAGAUUUCAGUCAUCAAGGGUUAGAGUAUAAUAUCAUGCAACAAAUCCUAGUAAAUUCGAGGUUUAGAUUUCAUUUUCUUACUCAAGGUAUGUCAUAUCUUUGGUUUUACUCAAGGUACAUAUUUGUAUUUUGACACUUUGAUAUCGGAAAAGUUAAUUGUUACAGCAAAAAUUUGGUAUCGAAUCACAGGCUCACAACCAUAUAAUCGAAUGACUUAUUACAAUUGUCUUACUGAACUCAUCCUUAUUAAAUAUUCUUUAUUUUAACUUAAUGCCUCGAUUUAGACUCUUGUAAACUAUAAAGAUUUUUGGUUAGGUAUCUCAACUAACACACAAAUCUUUAUUUAUUUGCUCAAUCAUCGAAUUUAGAGGGCGGCAUGCCAGAAAGGGGGAAAAUACUGAUAAACCUACCAAUGGUGAAUCUUGUCUACAUUCAUCUCAAUGGACGAGUCGAUAACUGGCCUGAAUAUCGUGAGAAUCUGAAGGAGCUUCUUCGAAGGUCCAACAAUGCCAUCUUCAUUCAGCUACGUUUGGGUAACAUAGCAGAUCCAGAAUUUCAUUUUGUGGACUUGGCUAAACUGCUUCUUCAAGAGGUUCCCCGAUGGCUGAAAACUCGAGAAUUGGGGCAGCAUUCAAGGAGACCAUUCUACUUUCAACUCCAAAGCGGAUGUCACAAGUACAAUGAUAACGGUCGAUUCUACAGUUCUUACCGCACUCCAAGAGCAUAGACUCUAGAGAGCAUCAUAUAAUUGGCACCAUCCAUAUCAAUCUCCAACAGCGAGUUACCAGUAAUGGUAAAUGGGACCAAGGAACUGCAGUCUCGAAGCUUCAGGAAACGCAAACGAGGCAUGGCUUGAAAUGGGUUCCCGUCCAUAUCUUGAAAAACGACACCAGAGAGGUGCAGCCUGGUGAGGAACGGAUUGUGAAUCCCUCCAUCUCCAAUUGCUGGUUUGAUCUUAUCAAAUCACAAAUCGUAGGAAAUGAUACUCAUCUGCUCAAGAUGUUGCGCGCUAAUGUUUCUGGUCAGAUCCAAAAAAUGGACGUCGGUUUGAGGAUGGACAAACAUAUUGAGCUCCUUUAUCCUGCCAUUGAGGGUGCGUACCCAUGACCCAAUGCUAUCUCCUCCAUAAAAUUCAGAAUUGAAAUACUCUUCCACGCCUGCGACCAAUUCUUUUUUAUUCUUUUUUACCAUACUUGUUCGAACCGCAAUUCUCGUCGGCAAUCUGGAAAGGAUAUUGCCGAUUAUCUCCGGCAGUAGAAUCAGAUCAGUUCAGGCUGCAGAAUGUGGAAAGAACUUAAAUGAUUCACGUCUAUCAAUCGAGUCCAAAAAGACGGGCUAAAAUUUUAGUGGGCCAGAGUAGCAUAUUUUUCAACGAAGUAAUGGGCUAAAAAAAUAUGGCUAAAAAGUGUUUACCUUCUCUUCUUCUUGACCGACGGCUCGACGGACGAUUGCCGGCGGUGGCUGAUCUUCUCCUCCGUACGGUGCUUCCCCCGUCGUUGUUAUGUGUGUUUCUGCUGGUGCGGUUUCGCCAAAAAGAUGCUUAGGAAUUGAUUUUCGCUUCUAGAAAACUAAAACAAACCCACCCACCACAGCGACGAUCGGCAAGGUGGCCAAUUCUUUGCGCAUUCUUGUGGGCGUCAGAAUUCAGCACAACGAAAUUCCCAGAAAUUGGGCAAAGAAGUUGAUGAUUUCGCUCCUUCUCGGUUUUGGAACUCUCUACACACCGUAAAUUGCACUUUGAUUUGAGUUCUCUCUGUAUCUCUCCAAGAAGAAGAAGAAGAAUGGGGCAGUGAGGAUUUCAAAUUGAGAAAGCCGAGGCAGGUAACAACAAAGAUGAGUUGGGGAAAAAUGAAACCCUAGAAGCCUUGGGUGUUUCUCAUUCAUCUUUGGAUUUAAAUAGUCCAAGAAUAAUACUACAUCACAAAGGUGUGCUACCUUGCUUUUGAAGAACAAAAGAUAAAAUAUAAGGUAAAUACAAUUUAAUAUCCAAACCUUUUAUUUUAAACAAUAUAAUAGCAAACCUUUUCGAAAACAAUCUAAUAUCCAACUCGUCAACUUUUUGUCUGUUUGACCAUUAGUUGGCACUUCAAAAAAGUUCGAAGUACGACACUUCAUCAAUAUCCAUCGAUAUCUUCUCUGAAAAACCACUAACAUAUCGUAGUUCCAAACCCGAGAAGUCUAUGACUCCACCAUGAUGGUAUAGAAUAUCUAAAUAUUCAGUCAUCUGCAAUGCCAAAACAAGAAAACAAAGUUGUAUUGUGACAAUUUCCCCUAAACAAAGCUUUUUUGAAGUGUCAACUAACGGUCAAACGAACGGAAAGUUGACAAUUUGGAUAUUAGAUUGUUUUCGAAAAGGUUUGGCUAUUAUAUUGUUUAGAAUGAAAGGUUUGGAUAUUAAAUUGUAUUUACCCUAAAAUAUAACUAAAACUAAAGUCUAAACAAACAUUGACAUUAAACUAAACGAAACUUGACGAGGAUGAUUUCCUCUAAACCUUGUCGAUCCACUUUGACAUUCAUGGUCGCCGUUUUGAGUCUUGAUGAUGACUUUCAAUAUCUCCUGUUACCCCCCCCCCCCCCCCCCCCGGCCGCCGCCGCCGCAAGCGGGUGCACACCAAGCUUGGAGAGAAUACAGUUUUGACUUGAGA